AUGGCAUCACUCGAAUAUGUAGAUAUAGGCGUCAAUUUGACAGAUGGAAUGUACAAAGGGAAAUACCAUGGCAAAAAAGCACAUCAACCCGACCUUGAAAAUGUACUUCACAGAGCAAAGAAUGCCGGAGUGGUUGCUCAAAUGGUGACAGCAGGCAGUGUAUCAGAAGUGAAGCAAGUGUUAGACCUAGUGAAGCGAUAUGAGAAUGAUGGUCUCUAUGCCACCGCUGGCAUUCAUCCUACCCGUACUUCCGGCGUUGGAGAAGGAAUGAAGUAUCUGGACGACUUGAAGAAAUUUCUCGAUCAAGAAUCCAUUACCAGAAACCCUAGCGGCAAGAUUGUUGCAAUCGGAGAAUGUGGAUUGGAUUAUGAUCGAUUACAAUUUUCCGAUGCAGAAACCCAAAAAGUGCAUUUUCCACAUCAUCUCCAGCUAGCAAAAGAGUACAAGCUGCCACUCUUUUUGCAUUGUCGUGCAGCUCAAGAAGAUUUUAUUGCUAUCAUACAGAAAGAAGCUGAUGCGAUUGCGGAAGCUUGUGCUAAUGAUGCAACCCGUAAUGACCCUCAUAAGAGAAGGAGGAUUGGCGUUGCACAUUGUCAUACAGGAACAGUAGAGGAAAUGCAACAAUUGUUCGCUCAAGGUCUCUUUAUCGGCUUGACAGGCUGUUCUUUCAAAGAAGAGGAAGGUAUACGAGUGGCCAAGGAAGUGCCAUUAGAAUAUCUCAUGCUUGAAACAGAUGCACCUUGGUGUGACUUGCGACAAACACACGCAUCUGCACCACUACUGAAACGAUUCGUGGAGAACAACCCCGAUCUUGCUGCACUAUAUUCGCCUGCUUCUGUCAAAAAAGAAAAGUGGGAAGCAGAAAAGCAAGUAAAAAGUCGAAAUGAGCCUUGUGCGAUCGGGAAUAUUGCUGCAGUGGUCGCAGAAGCCAAAGGGAUCGAUGUUUCUGUUGUGGUAAAAGCAGCAAGAGAGAAUACCAAAUUCUUGUUUAAUAUAUAG